GCUAAUAGGCCAAUUUGUGAAGGGUAAGAGAAUUCUCAUUAUAUCACUGCUUUAAGCUCCUUAUUCUUUUCCUAUCCACCGAGAUACGCGGGAGGAAAAAAGACAGAUUCAUAUACUUGUAACGAUGAAAGAAGAUUACGAGAUUGAAGAGAAAAAGCAGGCUGCUGCUGAUGCGCUGUUUCAGUAUUCCAAAUUUGUGAUGGCAUGUAUUGGGAAUCAAGUUAGACCUUGCAAUCUGAGAUUGCACUUGAUGAAGGAGAUUUCAGGGAUGCCAACUUCUCUGAAGAGGGAGUCGUCUCAGACGGUUGCUUCCCCUGAUGCAAUGGGGGAGUCAUCAAGCUCGGGCACUGCUAGACUUGAUAAAGCAGACAGUUUUCAGGCACUGUAGUUUGAAGCUAAAUUGUCAUGCUGUACUUUAAGUCUAGAGCUAACAGGUAUCACAUCCUUGAUUACCUUGUCCAUUGUGGAACUUUACAUGCACAGUAAUCUGGUUCUUUUAAGCAUAUGCAUUAUGGGAUUCCAUAAAAAUUUACUGUCCGAGUAAUAAAAGGUUGAAUGAAUUAUGAUUAGGUCUGUAGACAAUGAAUACUAAUGAUCUAUAUAGUCACGGUCUCUAUCUCAGUUAUCUUGCA